CUUAUGUCUCGAAGAGGACCCUAGAGGCAAGUCAGUCGUCCAAGCAUCAAGGCACUGAGACGAGGUAUGGCUUCGGGGCUGUUUUCAUCCUCCCCGCCUCGGGUGCUUUCCAUCGCUGGGUCGGACCCGUCGGGUGGCGCCGGCAUUCAGGCCGACAUCAAGACGAUGUCCUCGCUGGGUGCAUACGCCAUGUCCGUCCUCACGGCCCUGACGGCUCAGAACACGACGGGCGUCCAGGGUAUACACGCCGUCCCCGCCGACUUUGUGAGGCAGCAGCUCAGCGUCGUUCGCAGCGAUGUUCGGGUUGAUGCGAUCAAGAUCGGCAUGCUGGCCGAUGCAGACAUUGUCAAUGCCCUCGCGGCUGAGCUGAGCCAAGGGCAGGCCUCGUCUGGGCUCCCAAUCGUCCUGGACCCAGUCAUGGUGUCCACGUCGGGAUCCUUGUUGCUCAGCCACACGGCCAUCAGGGACCUCGUCGACAAGCUCCUCCCUCUCUGCACCGUUUUGACGCCAAACCUGCCCGAGGCAAAGGAGCUACUCGCCCACUCUAGAAGAGCUGAGGAAGGAGGACAGAACAAUUUCACGGGCGGAAAAGCAGACAAUCAACUGGCUACCCUUCAGUCUUUGCUGGCUGCGGCUAAGCAGCUCUGUAGCCUCGGCCCUGCGUCGACGCUCGUCAAGGGCGGACACCAAGUCAUGAGUCGAGCGACCGUCGAUGCGGCGCUGAAGGAGCUUGGGAUCACGGAGCUGGACGAGGAUCAGGCAGGACAAGAUAUCCUUGGUGCAGAAGUCAUGAACGGGACGUUGUUGCAGCAAAACGCAGAGGAAAAGGUGGUUGUCAUAAGGACCGACGGGCAACCGUGGGCCGACGUUCUUCGACUCUGGUCCCAGGACGACGGUGUCAGGGAUCCUGACGUGACCAAUGUCGUUGUCGAUGUUCUCUACGAGACACAGCCGAGAAAGUACACAAUUUUCAUCAAACCUCACAUCGAGGCGACUAGCACGCAUGGGACAGGAUGCACGCUCUCUUCAGCCAUUGCCACACAUCUGGCCGGUGGCGACAACGUGGCGAUUGCGACGCACCGCGCUAUUCAUUAUGUGCAGAAUGCCAUUGCUCGUGGUCUGUCGGACCUUGGCAAAGGCCCAGGUCCGCUCAACCACCUUGCUGGAACAACACUGCGUCCCAUCCUAGCACCUUCGCCCGUUGGCUCCCAGAGAGCCCCCCUUUGCGGUCGCCUCAUCGCCCACUCGCUGCCGUACUGGCGUCGCUUCACUCGCCACCCCUUUGUCACAAAGCUUGUCGAAGGCACGCUCCCAAGAGAGUCAUUCGUCUGGUUCUUGAGGCAAGACUAUCUGUUUUUGCGCCACUACGCUCGCGUCUGGGCCUCGGGCGCCUCGAGCAGUUCCGUAGGGCGCACAUUUGAGAGGAUAGCGACUUUUGCUGGGAUAGCGUCCGAGAUGGCGUCCGAGGCCGAAUCGCACGUUGCAAUUUGCAAGCGCUGGGGCAUCACGAGGGACGACCUCGAGAGCAAGACGAGGGAGAGCGCUGCAACGCUGGCUUACACACGGUUUGUUCUGGACACGAGCCGGUCGGGCGACGCACUAGAGCUCCUCGCGGCGACGGGCCCCUGCCUGCUUGGAUACGGUGAAGCGGGCGUAUGGCUCGGCAGAGAGUGGAGCCGUCGAAAGGCAGAGAUCAAGGACAUGGACGAAGAAACAAAAGCCUACGGAGAGUGGAUCGACUACUACUCCUCAAAGGAUUUCCUCGACGUUGUCCGAAAGGGCAUUGAGGACAUGGAGAGCUAUGCAUCUUCCGACCCACCCUCGCAGGCGAGAUUGGCAAACUUGCAGCGCAUCUGGAACGCUGCCGUCCGGUUGGAGAUUGGCAUGUGGGACGAGGCCCUCGACAAAACGUUGCGACGAGAGAUUGUAGAUCCAUGAGGGAGAUAUAUUAACAUGAAGAUGGAAUAAUAGAGCAAAGUGAAUGGUCGCCCUGUGAGAGGAAUGCACAGGGGGCGUUUUU